AUGGGAAAUGGGGCGCACAGCAAACAGAUGCAGGAUUCCUGUCUAGUCAGUCACACCAAAGCGAACGGAGCACGAGCACCCCGAGAUCGCCAACCUGAAAGAAAGAGCAACACUACCACCAAUAUGAGCGACGUAGAAAAGCAACAUGAUGCUGUAGAUCCGCACGCCGGCAUGUCGUUAGAGAGCGAGGAGGUCGGAAGGCAACUCGAGGCCAUUGACCCCAUCCUUGAGGCCAAACUGGUGCGCAAGCUCGAUCUCUACAUUAUCCCGGUGGUGAUGCUGCUCUAUCUGCUCAGUUUCUUGGACAGAGUCAACAUUGGCAAUGCGCGCCUCUACGGACUGCAAGAGGAUCUCAACAUGGACGACGGCCAGUUUCAGACCGCCGUCUCUAUUCUCUUCGUCACAUAUAUUUUAUCAGAGCUCCCGUCGAAUCUCGUGCUGAAGAAGCUCCGCCCCUCUCGCUGGAUCGCUUUUAUCACUGUGUCCUGGGGCACUGUCGCAACUUUGACUGGUGUUGUGCAAAGCUACGGUGGUCUGAUUGCAUGCCGUCUUCUCCUUGGAGCUGUGGAAGGAGGUCUAUUCCCCGGCAUGGCCGUCUAUCUAACCUUCUUCUAUACCAAACGCGAACUUGCCCUUCGCAUCGGCUAUCUCUUUGUUUCCGCGGCUCUGGCAGGUGCAUUUGGAGGCUUGCUUGCGUACGGAAUCGGCCACUUAGACGGACAUGCAGGCCAGAGAGGCUGGCGAUUCAUCAUGAUUCUAGAGGGUAUUCCCACUUUCGUCCUGGGUAUUGCGACAUGGUGGAUUCUCCCCGAUAGCCCGGACACGGCCUACUUCCUCAACGCUGAAGAGAAGGCAUUUGCUGCAGCCCGCCUAAAGCGGCAAACAGGGUAUACCAAGAAAGCAGCAGAAUUCCACUGGGACGAUGUGAGGAAAAGCUUCAAGGACUGGAAGGUCUGGACUUUUUGCUUCGCCCAGUUCGGAUCAGACACUAUGCUCUACGGCUUCUCGACAUUCCUGCCCACCAUCAUCCGCUCUAUCAUGCCUGAUGCUUCAAAUGCCAUGGUGCAGGUUCUUACUAUCCCGUGUUACGCCCUUGGUGCCAUUACCUACCUCGUCGUCGCUCGAUUUUCGGACAAGCAGCAGAAGCGCGGUUUGUACAGCAUCUUGCUCGGCGUCAUCAGUAUCAUUGGGUAUGCCAUGUUGAUUAGUGAUUCGAGCUCAGCGGUGCACUAUGCUGGAUGUUUCCUCGUCGCAAUGGGACUCUAUGUCUGCGUCGGUCUGCCGCUCGCAUGGCUGCCUACAAAUCUCCCGCGCUAUGGGAAGCGUACAAGCGCGACGGGGCUGCAGCUCUCCAUUGGAAAUUGUGCGGGUAUCAUGAGUGCCUUUAUUUACCCAACGCGAGACCGUCCGCGGUUCGUCAAGGGCCAUGGGAUUACCAUGGCCAUGGUGGCUUUUGCAAUUGCUUGCUAUGCGGUGCUAUGGUUUCAGCUGGCCGAGGUGAAUUCGCGCCGCGAGAGAGGCGAAGAAGAGCAUUUGAUUGCGGGAAUGAGUGAUGAGGCCGUGGCGGAAUUGGGCGAUGAUAGCCCUAGGUUCAGGUACACGGUUUAG